AUGUCUAGGCCUCCACCCACCACUAUUACGUUUUCGAAGGUGUUCGACCUCACUGGGUCAACUUCAAACGGUCACACGAAUCCGACCUUCGCAUCGGGGGACAUCAAAUUAUCCAAUGGCAUCAUUGAACAAGUGGCAAUAAGUGGGGAACGUGCUAACAUCAGUGAUGCACAGAAUGAUCCAAGGAUUGACAAAGAGUUAGACAAGGCGAUAGGCUUCCAAACCAAGUCACUACUAUGCAUGCCCAUUCGAGAUAACAAGUGCCAGACGAUAGGUGUCGCCCAGGUUCUGAAUAGGACGGAUGGAUUCCCAUUCGAUGAGAACGAUGAACAGCUAUUCGAGGCAUUCACGAUAUUCUGUGGUCUGGGUAUCAAUAAUACUAUCAUGUUCAACGAGGUGACCAAGGCAAUGGCAAAGCAACAGGUUGCAUUAGAGGUUCUCUCAUAUCACGCCUGUACCACGAAGCAAGAGGUCAGAGCUUUAAAGGAUGCACGUCUUCCAGAUAUCAAGAAGCUUAAGCUGGUUCGGUUUGAUUUCGAUGACUUCUCAUUAGAGGCAGACGAGAUGUUAAAAGCAUCUCUCAAGAUGUACAUCCAGACAGGCUUUCUCGAUAAAUUCAAGAUUAGUCAAGAUGUCUUAAGUCGGUGGUUGCUGACGGUGCGGAAGAACUACAGGCCUGUUGCAUACCACAACUUCAGACAUGCCUUCAACGUUCAACAGGUCAUGUUCGCCAUAUUGCAGAACACAGGAGUAGCGAAGUACCUGACUGAUAUCGAACAGUUAACACUCCUCGUGGGUUGUCUGUGCCACGACCUGGACCAUAGAGGGACGAAUAAUGCUUACCAAGAAAAGUAAGAGAUCCUCUUUUAUGUAACGUAUAUAACUCAGUAAACAUAGUUGCACCGGCAAAAUCGUCUUC